AUGAUGAUGCGGGGUGCUUGGAACUUCCCACCCGUUCAACCUCAACCGAUCCCCACACCUCCCGUUCAACCUCAACCGAUCCCGACCCAAUCCGAACCCGAAGACGAUGUGGAGAUUGUGCCCGAAACCCAACCGCCUAAAGGGAAAGGAAAACGAAACAAAGGCAAACAAGUGGUGGGUGAUCAAACGUCGAAACCGAAGGCGACUAAGUGGACCCCAAUCGAAGAAGAAGCCUUAGCCAAGGCUUUCAUUGGCACUUCCGACAACCCGGUAAAAAGUAAUAACCAAGCGGGUGAGGGGUUUUGGUCCAAGGUAUUGGCCAAGUUUCUCGCCUUGAUGGACCAAGGCCCGUAUAGAGAUCUCGACUCGGUUUCCUCGAAGUGGCGAAAAUUGAACUCGGCCAUUAAUCGGUUUUGCGAGGAGUAUAACAAAUUAUAUACAAGUGACCGUCGUAGCGGGUGGAACGACGAGGAUGUGUUCAAAAUGGCGUUGGAAAAGUAUAAGGACAAGAAUGGUAGCAACUUUCCUCACGUUCGCGCGUGGAUGGUUGUAAAAGACGACCCAAAAUGGGCGCCUAUUCCUAACGAGGUGGCGAUGGCGAAACGCCAAAAAACGUCGGAAACGGGUAGUUUAAGCGCCGGUGGAUCGGACGCGAGGUGUCACAUAAACUUAAAUGAUGACGCCGACUAUGACGAAGACGAGUAUAACGUACGUGAACCGGAGCGUCCACCGGGCCGAGACAAAACAAAGAAGGAGCGGGCCAAGGGAAAAGAAAAGGAAAAGGUGGACCUGCACAUGGUUGAGUUUAUGGAACACCUAAAAAUGUACAACGACGUCACGGCCCAAAAAACGAAGACGAAAAAAUUACAACACGACAUCAUGAAAAAACAUCAAAUUAUUUAA